AUGAUGAGCUACCGCAUCGGGCGAGGCGAAACCCUCGUCCUCACCUUCGAACCCUACAAGUCCUCCAUUCUUCCGCUCUGGCGCUUUGCAAAUCCCCCAUUGGCCCGUCAGUCUUCAUCUCUGAUCUACGCGAAGUUCAAACAGUACGAGGCGGACGAUGACUUUGUGGGCAUGGACAUGUGCAGGAAGUUCUUGCAGAUGGGGAUGACGAGGGCGAAGAGAUAUGCAAAUCACAAGGGGGGUAGGAAGUACGAUAGGGAGUCUGGGAGGGAAUUGGAGAAGAGUAAGGGGCAUAAAGGGAGAGAGGAGAAAGAGGAGGCAGCGGGGAUUUUCAGGGAAAUGUGGGAGAAGGCGAAGGCGGAGGAGGGAUAUAAGAGGAUGAAAGAGAUGUUCUUGGAGGAGCAAAAGGCCUGGGAUAAGGACAAGAGAAGGGAAUCGAAACAGACGUGA